AUGGCGAACUUUUUGCAGAAGAGGGAUAUAAAAACAUUAAAUAUUUUUCUGACCAAAUCGGGACUGGUAAAAUUGGGUGAUUUUGGCAUCUCUAAAGUACUAGAUAAUAAAAGCCAAAUGGCGGACACGCUCGUUGGGACACCAUAUUACAUGUCACCUGAAAUAAUCAAAGGCGAAAGGUAUAAUUCUAAAAGUGAUAUGUGGGCUGUAGGAUGUGUCUUGUAUGAAAUACUCACACUAACCAGGACAUUUGAUGCAUCUAAUCCCCUCAAGCUGUGCUAUGAAAUAGUGAAGGGAAAAUUUCAGUCGCAGGUCGACUCUCAGUACUCAGAUAACAUGCAGGCAUUGGUACGCGAAAUAUUACAGCAGGAUCCAACGAAAAGACCGUCUGCUGAACAGAUCUUAUCUUAUCCCAUACUCAGCAGUCUGGGAAAUUGUCUCUUGAUGUUCGUUAGUUUUCUUUCCCCUCCAGAUAAUGGUGUGCUAUAUACGUUUGGUUCCGACUACUACGGCUGCCUGGGCUGUGACAACUCCCAUGGAGAUGAGGUUCACACGCCCCUACCAGUUGAUUUCUUUCUUAAGAAACCCGUUGAACAAGUAUCAUGUGGUGACUGCCAUGUUCUAGCAUUAACUCAAGAUGGAGAGGUAUAUUCGUGGGGAUGUGGGGAAUAUGGUCGUCUUGGCCUCGGUUCUGAGGAUGAUUUUUCACUGCCACAAAGGGUGCCAAUACAUGGAAAGAGGACCAUUGUAUCAGUAUGUGCCGGUCCAGAUACAAGUUUCUUUCUGACUGCCAGGGGUCGACUGCUAGCGUGUGGUAGUAAUGAGUUCAAUAAACUUGGGCUUAAUAAUGUAGCAUCAGGUCUUCGAAAACGGCAAGUUAAGAUUUGUUAA